UUCGCUCGAAAACCCGGAGUGAAACGCACAUUUUCGCGGAUUAAACGCUCGAAGCGCACCCGACGUGUCGGGCAAGUUUUUUCAAAAUUCCCAAGUUUCCAUAAGUUUCUCCUUAAGUCAUGUAAUUAAAGCCUGAUUAGCCUCGAAGGCCUUUUGACUGGUUGAGUUUGUGUUGUUUUAUGUGGUUUUGGAACUUUCUACAAACUUCAGCGGGGCUUUUGUGCCGCCUCCACAGCAUGGACGGAAAUUGAGACGCAUCUGAGCUUUCUGAGAUGGCUUUCCUCUCUGCUAGAUGCUCAGAACAUGAGCGGGACAAGCAGACUUCUUCUACACCUGCAUCUAGCAACCCUGCAUAUUCAGUAGCAACUAAAAUAACGAAAUAGUCACCCCGUAGUAGAUCCAGCCCCAACUGAAAAUGCUCGAAUUGGACCCCAACUCUACCGCUUCCUCCGACUAUCUGGAUCCCUGCGCUGGAAACUCCUCCCUCCUCAACUUCACCCUAGUUGAGCUCAAUAGCAUGGACAUAGCUUACAUCAAUGUGACCAAGGAAAUGCCCAUUAACUAUGCAGUUCCACUCUACGGCUAUCUCAUGCCCAUUCUUCUGUUGAUAACAAUAGUAGCGAAUACUCUGAUAGUGGUAGUGCUCUCUAAAAGACAUAUGAGGACUCCCACUAAUAUAGUGCUAAUGUCGAUGGCCCUCUGUGAUAUGUGUACUCUUUUAGUGCCCGCGCCCUGGUUGAUUUACAUGUACACUUUCGGAAACCAUUACAAGCCGUUAGCGCCUGUUCCACUUUGUUAUACUUGGAACGUUAUGCAUGAGUUUCUUCCCAAUCUGUUUCACACUGCCAGCAUCUGGCUGACUCUCAUUCUGGCCGUGCAAAGAUACAUCUACGUCUGCCAUGCUCCAUUAGCCAGAAGAUUCUGCACGAUGCCCAACGUCUACAAGUGCAUCGGAUACAUAUUGUUUGCUUCAGCUCUACACCAGUCGCCCAGAAUGAUUGAUUCAGACUACAGUUUGAUUCAAAUAACAUGGAACAACAAGCUGGUGGACGUUUGCAGGAAAAAGAGCGCCGAUUGGGUGGAAAACUACAUCACAAUCGACGUGUACUACAUCUGCUACUACGUCUUCAGAUUGGUAUUUGUCCAUCUCGUGCCCUGCAUAGCACUAGUGACCCUCAACCUUCUGCUCUUCCGCACGCUGAAGCAGGCCCAAAAGCGACGAGACAUUUUGCUGUCGUCGAAGAAAAACCCGAAGAAUGAAUGCAAAAAACUACGCGACUCAAACUGUACCACCCUGAUGCUAAUUGUGGUGGUGAGCGUGUUUUUAAUAGUUGAAAUUCCUUUGGCUGUAGUGACAAUGUUACAUAUCAUAUCCAGUUCGAUUAUUGAGUUUCUCGACUACGACGUGGCUAAUACGUUGAUCAUUUUUACAAAUUUCUUCAUUAUAUUGAGCUACCCGAUUAAUUUCGCCAUUUAUUGCGGAAUGUCGCGACAGUUUCGCGAAACAUUCAAGGAACUGUUUAUGACCAGGGCGUCCAGCGCCAGAAACGGUUCCUCGCGAUAUUCGAUAGUUAAUGGUCCCCGAACCUGCACAAACGAGACAGUUUUAUAGAGAGGUUUGCUUGGUUACGCUAAACACCCUGUAUAAUUUAACUAAAAUUUCCCAUCCUUCUAUCGUCGGUUUUUUGUAAGCUCAAACCCUGUUUGGAGUUUUUAAUUGUGUACCUAAACAAGCUUAAGACGUGUUUGGAACAACCAAUUAAUUUCUAUCUCCUGAAAAAUAUGACGCUUAAGAUCAAGACUAAAUGUUUUUAUAUGUAAAGAAUAACUAUGUAGAUAAAGGUGUAGAAUAGUUUUUUGUACAUAACCGCCUAAUUUGAGAUGUGCAUAUAAAUAAAUAUAAAAAAUACAGAAGUAAAUAUGUGUGAAUAACUAGAUAUCAAUCAAUGUUGUUGAUGUAACUGGAAAUUUGUAAGCGUUAUUUACCUUCAAAUUGAGCCCACUUUGAACGUAGAUAACGUAAUAUAUGUAUCGUGGGCCGGGAGUGGACGUUAUCCCUAAUGGGAAGUGGAAAGGAGAUACCAUAAUAUUUGUUCAUCUUGUGAAAAUAGACGUGACUCCUUUCAACGUCGGUUUUCGGUCGUUCAGUCUUGGCUCUAUUAGAACUGUGUCUCCGUUACGCAUUUCCAAUGUAAGCCCAAUGAAACGCGUAAUGGAAACGAGCAGAGUUGUUGUUGAGCAAUUAGAGAACAUUCGCCGGUCACUGAGUUAUGUACGAUUUCGAAACUUAAUCGUUCUGUUCCAAAUGUCUUUAUCUGUUUAUAAGGCAAAUUUUGUUUGUAAAAAACCUUUGCUUUCCUGGCAUGGCUGUAAACCGAGUGUAUUUGAAAACUAACCCAUUUCCAGGCCAUGCCAUCAGAAGCGAGUGUAAAGAAAAUCUCUUACGGAGUUGCGAAUAUUCUUUUUUAUCUUAAUAAAUCGUUGUAUAAGACACAUAAUAAAACAUAAAACACUUAUUGUUCACUGACUAUAUUUAAAUAAAGAAUUGUUCAUGUAUCGCAGUAGUUUACCU